UUAGCAAUGGCAUCUUCGGUUUUUUACAAGUUCAACUCUCAAAAGACCGAGUCUCGAGUGACUUUUGACGGUACUGGCAUUUCAGUAUUUGACCUGAAGCGCGAAAUCAUUCUAGCCAACAACAUGGGUAAGGCGAAUGACUUCGACCUUUAUAUAUUCGACACCGGCUCAAAUAAAGAGUAUGCCGACGACUCGGAAAUCAUUCCCAGGUCCUCCUCAGUUAUCGUCAAGCGAAGACCUGCCGCUCGCCCGGGAAAAGGAAAAGCAUCUUUAUAUAUUGCCGGAGCAAGCAGCUCAGUUCACACAUCCGAGCAAAUCUCGAAAGCGGGACCGUCGGGGCAAAGCAUGUCAUGGCACAAGGGUUCCAUGUCUAAACGGUUCGAUGUCAAAGAGGACCCACAACCCAAAGCUGCUUUGGAUCCCAAAUCGACUUCAGUUGAUGACGACGAGGCGGCCGCCAUGGCGGCAAUGUUCCAAGCACAAACAGCAAAUUGGGAGGAAGCACAGGAAAAGAUGUCCCAUGCACAACGUAUCUACAAUAACUCUCGAGGGACAGGCUUUGCGCGUGGUGGCAAGACUUUCAUGCCACAUCAAGCUGCCCCCCAGAUUGAACGGCCUCUUCCCGCCAGCUACGUUUGCUAUCGAUGCGGAAAAAAAGGUCAUUGGAUUCAAGACUGUCCAACGAACAACGAUCGCGAAUUCGACCACCGACCUCGUAUAAAGCGUACAACGGGUAUUCCGCGUAGCAUGCUAAAGGCUGUUGAUAAUCCCAAUGAGCUGGGGCAAGGAGUCAUGGUCACUCCAGACGGCGGAUAUGUCGUAGCUCAGCCUGACUCUGCAUCAUGGCAAAAACAAGUGUCUCGAUCAAAAGCACUCACAGCGGCCGAAGUCAGAGACAGACCGUCUACGGACCCUUCUCUCGUCUGUCCAAUCGACAAUAAGCUACUACGAGACGCCGUCAAGACACCCUGCUGUGACACCAGAUACUGUGAGGAGUGCAUCCAGACCCAUCUCCUUGAACGAGAUUUUGUCUGCCCCAACUGCUCCAAGAAGAUCGCCUCACUGGACAAACUCGCGGUGGACAAGCCAAUGCGAACCAAGGUACUCGAUUACAUCGAGAAAGUAAUUGAGGAGAGUCGUGGGGAGGCUGGUGAAGAUGGCGAGGCUCCGUCCACAACAAACGAGCAAGACGCCGAAGAAGGCGCAUAUGAUGGUAGUAUGGACUUGUCCAAGAUUUUGAACGAAUCCAUACCCCAACUUCAAGCCCAAAUCUCCCAGCUUUCCACGGUGUUACAGAGCACAUCACUCCCCAAUCAUGUGCGCCAGAACACCGAAAUGCAAUACCAGCACCUUCACAUGCAGCUUGCUCAACUACAAGAAAUGGCGGCCUUCAUGCAGAUGCAUAACGGAGCUAUGAUGACUAAUGGUGGAAUAAUGCCAGGAUUCAAUCAGCCCACUGGCUGGGUGAAUAACCUCUAUCCUCUGAAUCAGCAAGUCAACCCGCAAGACUCCGCCUACCAACGUUUACCAGUCAACAACCGUCGCCGCCCUCUUAAACGAGAUCGCCCUCAGGACUUUUUGGAAAUCGGUGGAGAAGGCGAAAGUAAAGUUGCGAGGUAUUGGGAGUAG